AUGGCGCACCUAACAAUCGUUGCAAGAUACUGCGACAAUGUUCGUAUUUAUGAAGAACUGUGUUGUUUGAUUCCAUUUACCAAUAUGGCUACAGGACAGGACGUUCUGACUGCAUUUGUAAAUUUAUUGGAAAAUCAAGUCAUUGAUAUAAUUAAAUUAUUUUGUAUUACUUCUGAUGGUGCACGUGCAAUGGUUGGAAAGGAAAAAGGAUUUGUUAAUCUUCUUGAAAAUCAUAUUGGAUGCAGUGUAAUGAGUUUUAAUUGUUUUAUACAUCAAAAAAAUUUAGUUGCGAAAAUUUCGUCUCAAAGCUUGAGUUCUGUGAUGGAGACUGUUGUUAAAAUAGUUAACCUCAUAGUUUCUCGCUCUUCACUGACUCACAGACAAUCUAAGUCCCUUCUGCAAGAAUUGGACAGCGAAUAUGCAGACCUCAUACUACACAGUAAUGUUCGUUGGCUUAGUCGGGGUAAUGUUUUGAACAGAUUUGUAUCAUGCUUAGAAGAAAUCAAAAUAUUUCUUGAAGAGAAACGGUUCUCAGAAUUGGACAAUGAAGACGGUUAUUUAAAUUGA